AAUGUCAGAUGAAAAUGCAAUUGAUUUAGUAAUGAAAAAUUUGGAUCAACAAGGAUAAUUGACUAAAGUGAAGGCAUAAAUAAAAGCAUCUGUGUUUAAAAUACUUGAUUAAUCAAAAGGUAAAAAGUCAGGAGCAUCUAACUUUUUUUGGGAAAAUGAAAAAGCCAAAGCAAUUCAAAAGGAUAAUGAAUUAUUAUUGUUAUUGGAAGUAGUCAAAGAAUUUUUAUAAUUCUUUGAUUUUGAAUUUACACUUUCUGUAUUAUAAAGUGAGAGUAAUCAUAUUCCUUUUAUUGAACGUGAUUAGUUGAUAAAAAAAAUUGGAUUAAAAUAAAGUGAUUUGAACGUUAACCAACCUAUUUUAUAACAUAUAUAUCAAAAAUACAAUCCAAAAGGGACAAAAUAAGGAAGUUAAUAAAAUACGAGUUAAUAAGAAUAAGUUUCUAUUAAGAAGUAAGAAAAAUAAGAACCCGUUAAACCUGGUAGCAAGACAAAUUAAUAAGCAAGUGUAACUAAAAAUUAACCUAUAACAAAAACAAUUGGGAAAGUGGAAAGUACAAAGUUGAGUAAUGUAAAAUCAUAAUCAAAUGAUUUUUAAUUUGAAGAGAUUGAAGAGGAUUUAGAUGAUGUAUAAGAUUUAGAGGUUCCAAGUACGAUUAAGAAAAAUGAGAAAUAAAAUAAUUUAAUGUUAACAUCAAGUGAAGAAUAAUUAGCAAGUAUGAGUUAAGGAUUAGAUAUCACAGUAGAUUCAAAUGAAAUAGAUUAAUAUGAUCAUGUUGUUGAUAUAAAAUGGAAAUGA